AUGAAGUCUAGUCUUUGGACAUCCUUGGCUGUUUUCCUCUGGUUCGGAGUUGUCACGGCCUUCUAUUUGCCUGGCGUGGCACCCACAAGCUAUAAACAGGGUGAUGAAAUCCAGUUGUUGGUCAACCAUUUGACUCCCACGAUGUCUAACUCCCAUUCCAAGUCGAAAACGCCGAUCUAUUCUUACGACUACUACUAUCCAAAGUUCCGUUUCUGCUCCCCUGAAAAAGGUCCUACCAAACAGCUGGAGUCAUUGGGCUCAAUCAUAUUUGGUGACCGUAUCUUUGACUCUCCUUUCAAGAUUAAGAUGUUGGAGCCAAAAACGUGCCUGAAGCUCUGUGAGUCUAAAUAUGAGAAGACAGACGCUGCCUUUGUGAAUAGAAACAUCCACGCCGGAUAUUCUUACAAUUGGAUCGUUGAUGGUUUGCCCGCUGCUAGAAAGGUAAUGGAAAGAAGAACCAAAAGUGAGUUCUACCGUUCUGGUUUUGCUAUCGGAAAGGUCGACGAGAAUAACGUGGCACAAUUGUACAACCACUUCAAAAUCAUAAUUGAGUAUCAUAAGAGAGCCAACAAUGAGUACAGAGUUGUGGGUGUGGUCGUCGAGGCCGAAUCGCUCGACAGAAGCAAGCUCGACUCCAGUAAGGCUAGCGCUGCAGAGUUGUGUGAUACCAAUUUGGCAGCUGUUACUUUGUCUAAGGAUUCUGAAAAGAAAGUGCUCUUCACAUACAGUGUCGAUUUUGAGGCAUCCGAAACUGCUUGGGCCACCAGAUGGGACAAAUACUUGCAUGUGUACGACCCAAAGAUUCAAUGGGUCUCUUUAAUUAACUUCUCCUUGGUUGUCAUUAUUUUAGGUGUGAUUAUGACUCACAUCUUGGUUAGCACCUUGAAGAAUGAUAUUGUCAAGUACAACGAAGUCAACUUGGACGAUGAUGUUGCAUACGACAGCGGUUGGAAGUUGGUUUACGGAGAUGUGUUCAGAUCUCCACCAAACAGAAUGAUUUUGUCAGUUGUGGUCGGAAAUGGUAUACAGUUAUUCUGCAUGGUACUCGUCACAAUCGUGUUUGCGUUGUUGGGCUUGCUAUCCCCAUCUAACAGAGGUGCAUUGUCAACUUUCAUGUUCAUUCUCUACAUUUUCUUCAGUAUCAUCUCUUCCUACGUCAGCGGAUAUCUCUACAGGUUUUUUGGAGGAGAGAACUGGAAGGCUAACAUGCUUUUGACCCCAGUGUUUGUUCCAGGUAUCUUGUUCUUGGCCUUCAUUUUCUUGAACUUUUUCUUGAUUUCCGCAAAGUCUUCUGGUGCUAUUCCAGUCGGAACUAUGGCUGCUAUCAUUAUUAUUUGGUUUUCUAUUUCUUUCCCAUUAUCAAUUGUGGGCUCAAUCUGGCAAUCCAAGAGAUCAAUUAUUUCAGUUCCUGUCAGAACUAAUCAAAUUCCAAGACAGAUUCCUACGCAGCCAUGGUACUUGAGAACGGUGCCAAUUAUGUUUAUGUCGGGACUCUUCCCAUUCGGAUCUAUUGCUGUCGAACUUUACUUUAUUUUCUCGUCUCUUUGGUUUAACAGAAUUUACUACAUGUUUGGCUUCUUGUUUUUCUGUUUUGUUUUGAUGCUAUUGACUACUGGUUUGAUAUCUGUGUUGACCAUUUACUACACUUUGUGCAGUGAGAACUACAAGUGGCAAUGGAAGUCUUUCUUCGUAGGAGGGGGCUGUGCCAUUUAUGUUUUCCUUCACGCAUUGUUCUUCCUUCGCGGAGACGGUGGCCUUCAAGAUUUCACCUCGAUUGUGUUGUACGUUGGCUACUCUGGAGUCAUAUCUUUGUUAGUAUUUGUGGUCUGUGGAUCAGUUGGAUUCUUGAGUAAUUUGUGGUUCGUGAGAACUAUCUACUCUCAAAUCAAGAUUGAUUAG